UGCAGAUAAAUGGACAAACCAUAUGACGAAACAGUUGAUGUGCCAGAUUCCGAAGAUAUAGCAACGCCACGACUGCAACAGUCUCUUGCUGAAAAUUUCGAUAAAUUUCGAGAUAACAACAAAUCAUUCAGAAAAAUCAAUAACGAAUUAAUAAAUAAAUCAAUCAAAACUGCACCAAAAUCAAACAUUGAAAAGAAAUCAAACAAUGAAAAAUUAAGUGAUGGAGGUUGGUUGCUUAUAUGACUGAUAUAUAAAUAAAACACAUUUAACUGGGAACAUUACUUUAGGUUAAGUAUUCAUUGAAUUAUUUCCACCUUUCAGUUUUGCUUGUAGAAUGUAGAAAGAUGAGGGCUAAUUAGUUAAGCACUCAAUUUUUAUAGUUUGGUUUAGAUCUGAAUUAAGUCAUUUGUGUAUGCAACAUGUAAAGGAAGAAGAAAUAAAUGUACAUUUUUAAUCUUUACACUAACUUCAUAUGAUUAUUAGUAAAGUUAAUACAAGAUGAGCAGUUAAGUCAUUCGCUGAUAAAUAAGUAUGGAUAGUUCCGACGAUGAUGAUGACUAUGAUGAGGAUGAUGAUGAUGAAGAUGAUAAUGACGAUGAUGAGAACUCUAAUAUACCUGAUGUGAUUGAAGGUAUCUACAAUCCGGCCGAUUAUGAACAUUUGACUGUAUCAUCUGAAAUUAAAGAAAUCUUUGAAUAUAUUCAAAGAUAUACACCGCAAACAAUCGAGUUAGAAACAAAAUUGAAACCAUUUAUUCCUGAUUAUAUACCAGCUGUUGGAGAUAUUGAUGCAUUUUUAAAAGUGCCCAGACCAGAUGGUAAACCAGAUUAUUUAGGUUUAUUGGUCUUGGAUGAACCAUGUGCUAAUCAGUCAGAUCCAACAGUACUUAAUUUACAAUUGAGAGCUUUGUCAAAACAAACUGCAACAAAACAAGUAAUAGUUAAAAGUCUUGAAAACGCUGAAAAACAAACAAAAGUUAUAGAAAAUUGGAUCAAAAGUAUAACAGAUUUGUAUAGAGCUAAACCUGCACCAACUGUACACUAUACAAGAAACAUGCCAGAAAUAUCUGAACUUAUGGCCGUAUGGCCGACAUCUUUUGAAGAUACCAUAAAUAAUAUGCAACUAUCACUUUCUCAGUUGGAUUGUAGUCUAAAAGAUUAUGUAGAUAUUAUCUGUGCCCUUCUAGACAUUCCAGUUUACAAUAAUCGAAUACAUUCGUUACAUUUAUUAUUUUCUUUAUAUUUGGAAUUUAAAAAUUCUCAACAUUUCCGUCAAAAUGAAUCCGUUAUUACUUGA